CCACAGCAUGUGGAUUGACACGAGGGUAGAAAACGAGAGAAUUUGCCGUCUAGACGAGCACGAAACCUGAAAAUUGGACUUAGAUUAAAGAUACGUAGCAACGCGAAGCUCCUUGCCUACCUAGUUGUACUGCCAGCCGUCAGUUCGUUUGGUUUCCGUUUUUCGUUACCAAGAUGGGGGCUGAAAAGCAAACUGUCGUGGUCGUCGUCGACCCCUACAGCUCCGGGAAAUACCUGGUGCAAGAGCUGAAGGAUCAGGGUUGGCCGAUGGUCGCAAUUUAUGGCUUUGGAAAUUGCUCGCACUAUAGUCGUUUUAUAGCUCGCGAUGUCACCAAGACUCCUCAAUUUCAUGAUUGGCACAACUGGCACUUCGCGCGUGCGUGUCACACGCAAUAGCCCGCCCUUCUUCAUAGUAACCAGAGCGCGUUGGAGUUGGCACCGUUUUGGCUGCAGCAGUUGGAGCCGGAUCAUUUCGUGGAAACCUUUGCGCACACCACGAUCGAAGAAACGCUCAAGAAGCUGGAAAAAUACAACGUGAAGGCAGUCACUCCUGGAAGUAAUUAUUCUGAAUUGAGCAAGUGGCUACGAUUUCGAGGACCAUGAAAUAUCGUUGUUGGGAUGCGAUUAGAUAUCGCAGAGGUUAGUAUUUGUUGCAAUGAAUUUUAGCAAGAGGUGCUGACGUCGUGACUACCUUCUACAAACCUUCCGCUUAGGCGAGCCCGGCGUCUUUCUUUCGGAAGACCUGCAGGAAGCACUGAGACUGACUGCAGUUAACGGAAGCGCGACAAAGGAAUGGCGUCGCCACAAGUAUGCAAUGCAGGAGCGCCUGCGAGAGGUUGGCGUGCGCGCUGUACGACAAAUCUAUGCUAAGGAUGCCGCUGAGGCUCUGGAGUGGCACAAGGAAAAGAACAUGGGACAAUGGCCGAUUAUUGUCAAACCGGGUAAGAUGUGUUGAUACCAUGCUGUAGCCUAUAGAGUAAAAGUUUGAGUGCCGGAUCCAGGUUCUUUCGAGUCCAGUUUAUUUUUUCCCUUUCUCUACAUCCUCGACACCAAUUCCAGCUAUGUCCGGCGGCACUGACGGCGUCUAUUGGUGCCAUUCUCCUGAAGAUGUUGACACUGCUUUUGCGGCAGAGUGCGGCAAGGUCAAUGUUAACGGCGAACUAAAUGACUGUCUUCUGGCCCAGGAGUUUUUGCAGGGUAUUGAAUAUAUUGUCGACUGCGUCUCCUACGAUUCCAAGCACGUGCUGUGCGGUAUCUGGCAGUACAAGAAGGUUCAUGACCCCAAGACGCGUUCCAUCUUUAUGACUGUAGUAGAUGUGAGGGUCUUGUUUCUACUAUGUAUCGUAAGCCUCCGUGAAUCUCUCUUCGAGACUCGUACGGAGAGGAGAGGAAAGAUCCCUUUGGUCGUCUGACUCAGGUCACCUGCCUCGGUGUUCGUCGACUCUACUCAGGUCACCCAUCAUCCUCGGAGUCGAUGAUGUGCUGGGGGGCUCGAUGUGCGGGAUCCAUAAUUUAACCUAACCUCGUAGGGACAGUUGCUUUUGGAGAGGAGAUGAACUAAAAGGGUACCGAACCGACCACGGCGACUCUUCUGAAAGCCAAUCAGCUCAGGGCAUCUCUCUCUACGACCUCGGAGGAGGGCAUCAUCUCUAAUGCCGCGUACCACAACGGUAAAAUGAUUGCGUCCACUGGCGAGGUGCAAGACCAACUGGUGGACUACAUGUUCAAAUGCCUAGAUGCCUUGGAUAUCAAGUACGGCGCGAGUCACGGUGAAGUGAUCAUGACUCCGGACGGCCCUUGCUUGGUGGAGGUGGGCGCUAGAAUGCAAGGUAUUGUAGUUAUGAUACAGAAAGCUUCUGACAAUGCAGAAGGGUCAUCCUUUUGUAUCGGAUCAGGCUAAUAAGUUCCACAUCCUUGACAGAAUCUCUUUUGAAGAAAGUAAAAUCCUUCUAACCAUCUUUGUUGCAGUGUGAUCAGCCCGAUGUAGUUGUCCGCUGAUGAAACUCUAUCUUGGCUGUGGUUCUGGAAAGACCACGUGUCAUGGAGAAACAAAUCAUCUUAGUAGAAUCUCGUUAAUCUGAGGAUUCUCAUUGGGCUGCAUCAUUGAAGUUUUCGUCAUCUGUAGUGAGGAAGUCGGGAGUGCAUAACUUAGCUUUACGAAGUAAGUAUAUUACUCUCACAGUGCGGAUCCAUUGUUGCAAUGCACUGUAAAACAUGAUCCAACUAAGUCUUGUGAUCAUGUUUUAAUUCUACCUUAUUGUAAAGAAGAAAUUGGUCUCGUCUAUUUUUCUUCGGAUUUGUAUCAGCCCUAUCGGACAGGUCUCAAGGGCCCAAUGCUGACGGGUAUGGCGACCGGGGUCAGCGUCCACGAAUUGGUCGCGGAUGUUUUGGUCAAUGAUGGACGCCUUCAUAAGGAGUUAGCCAAGCAGAACUUCCGAUACCAGCAGAAAAAGUUCGUUUCGCAGUGCCUCUUCAACAAUCCGUCGAAGUGCGGUACUAUUUUUGCCUCUAUUUCUUUUGUCGAACCUUGAUGGCACGCACGAGAGCUAGGAAAAUGUAAAGUAAGUGACAUACCACGCACAGUUCAAAUCUGUUGUAGACAAAAACAGAUACCUGCUUUAGUAGCCUAAGAUUUACAUUUCGUUAUUUAUACUCUGGAAGAAGUGUCUGACAGAGCACUUAUCUAUCCUCGUUUCCUGUAGGUGUAUUAACUAAGGCUAUCGACGCGGAAGGACGGGUUCGUGAUUUGAAGAGUUGCCUCGGGGUCUAUCCGACGAUUAAGGUCGGUGAUACCCUGGUGCCGACACGGGAUUUGGCAACGUCUCCGGGGGCCUUCCUCCUCUGUCACGCGCGGGAAGAAGUUAUCGCCGCAGACGAAGCCAAAGUUCGGGAAAUGGAAGGUAGAUUUGGAGUGAUACAAGGACCAUCGCGACUUUGCGGAAGUUCAAUUGACUUCUCACUCUGAUCUCGAUGGUUCUCUUGCUGUCAACAUGAUUCAUACAUUGAAAUUUUGUAGCUUCGUAAUUAUCAUACUACCAUCUCGUCAAAUAACACAUGUUGCUUUGAUAACCCGCAUCAGCCGACGACCUGUUCGAAGUCGGCCUGCCGUCUCCGGUGACUCCUGGAGGAACGAAGCUGGUGCACCACGUUUCGCCUUAUGUUGUUUCUCCCCGUCAGGACUUCUGUCGUGACACCUGUGAUGAUGCCUUCGAUCCGGAAUUGCAUGAAAUUGAGCUCAACUUCGAAGAUCCGGCAGACCCCAAGAACGAUGCGAAGUUGGAGGGUCGGUCCUCGCGUUUGAGUGGUGUUUCGCACACGUCGUCGCGGAAGAUUAAGGCACAGCGUAUUGGUUGUUGAUACAGUAAUAGCAGGGCGAUCUUGUUAUCAUCUGUGGACUAUAUCUACGCCAUUUUCAUAGAGGGUGCAUGACAUGCGAUGCCUCUUCUUGUGCAACAAAUGUUCAACGUGGGCCUUCUACAUCGAGCAUAGGAUGAUAGACAAAUCAGAUACGAGGAUGAGGAAUGAGGUCUGAGCAGAGUAGUACUAAGAUGCUCUAAGAAAUCAAGCGGUUUCAAACAACUCGAAUCGCCUGGAGACGUCAGAGUCAGUGACUCACCAACACUGCUCGGGGCGUGAGCGAGGGCUGCUAGCCAUGGUGGAUUCCGCACGAAGAUGACACUAACUUUCAUAUUCGUUUCUGACUUGAUAAGAAAACUGAAUCUUGAACAAGGCUGUACAGAACUAGAACAACAGACACAUCUUCACGUAGUAGCGCAGCGAGUGCUUGACUUGCAAGGGAGGACUUCGUGCUGGCCUUCAAAUUUUGGUACUAGGGCUCGUUCGCAUAUGCCAUAAUAUUCGAAAAGGGAAUUGUAUGCUACAACACAGUGUCGACUUAACCUCUCUUAGCCGAGAACUCCGUGGUGGGACGAAUCGAGAGUACGAUCCCACCCAAAUAUGCCAAUGCCUGCCAGCCGCAGCAGCAUUUUCCUACAUAGCCUAUUGGCGUUACUGCCCUACUAUAUAAUUUGACUUUUCGACAACCCCAAAGAAAUCAACGUCUAUAUUUUUUGUUUGGUGGAGUGCGAACUAAAAUGAUGAGAUAUGUAUAUUCCUUGUUUUCACGACGGGAUCUGAUACGAGGAUGCAUGAUAUAUAAUACUCAAGGUACAGCUGAGUAUGUCUUUUUGCGUUAGACAGAUUCCGUUUCGAAAAAUGUUAUGCAUAGUACGAAAAGCAAAAAGAUAAUACACUUCAACCAACAGCGGUCGUAAUUUUCUACAGUCUUGUACAGUUCCACACUCUCAUGAGGACUCACAUAAGAAGGCACGAGUCGAUGAAUUUUUUCGCAGAGCAAGAACUAGCCAUAUAUGACGGAAGAGAGGUACAGACUCAGACAGACACGGUGGCUGGAAAUACAUACUAACGUCCUAAAGAUUCGCAUGACAAUGACAUCGACCAGAUCAUACACAGAGUGACUUGGCUUACCAGGACUACACGUAUUACAUAAACAUAGACUGCACAUGGUUAUGUUUUGCUACUUACAUGUUUCUGAACUAUGCCACGCGUAAGCGUAGCAGCGGUGGAGAGCGCCCCAGUG